GCAGCCCCUCGCCAUGAGCAGCCCGGCCGCGCUCCGGGAGGGCUACGAGCACUUCGAUCCCCGCGCGUACCUGCGCAACAAUUACCUCCCGCCCCGCGCCGACUUCUCCUCCGAGGAGUUCGUGGUGCCCUGGAAGCUGCGAUGCCUGGCCGAGACCUUCGCCAGUGGUGAGAUCCGCGGGCGGACCUUGAUCGAUGUGGGCUCGGGUCCCACCAUCUACCAACUGCUGAGCGCCUGCGACCACUUCGAGGAGAUCGUGGCCACCGAUUACCUGGCGGUGAACCGGGAGGAGCUGGGCCGGUGGGCGCGGGGCGAGCCCGGAGCCUUCGACUGGAGCCCCUUCAUCCAG